GUGGAGUGUUGUAUGAGUAUUCUCAGUCCUUCAUUUCUUUAUUGUAUUAUAUCUUUUAUUUUAUUUUUUUUUCAAAGAAACCAUUAAAAAAAAAGUCAUCAAUUGAAUCAUGAGAGCAGCUCGUGUUCCCUCCCAAAUCGUGGCUUUCCAGCAAGUCCGGCGCUUCCAUCGGACGAGACCAGCUUCGUUCAUAAGUGAGGUGUUGGACGUCUCCUCCGGCUUCAUCCACGGUGUACACUCAGUCAGUGGUCUGCCAUGGGUAUUAUCUCUUCCAUUGACUGCUCUGCUGGUCCGAAUGACAGUGGCAAUGCCCCUGCAGAUCUACAGCAAAGUCAAUGCCCGAAAAGAACGAGAUCUGGCCCCGAUUCUGACCUCCUGGAAUAAACACUAUCAGACGCAAAUUAGAGAGAAAACCAAGUUAAGACCCGCAGACAAGCCGCUUCUCCAAGGAGAGGCUGUGAGACUGCUGGCAAAGGAUCUCAAAGAACAGCGAAAGGUCCUGCAUAGCCGCUGGGGUGUGUCUCGAUUCUGGAAGCCCGCCAAUUUUCUCCAGGUCCCUAUCUGGAUCUCUAUUAUGGAAAGCCUCAGAGCCAUGAGCGGUAACGACAAAGGUCUAGUCCCUUAUCUACUUUCUCUUGUUGAGCCAGCGUCGUCAUCGGAGGCCGGAAAAUCGCUCCAUUUGGCCGUGGAACCCUCACUUGCAACGGAGGGUGCACUCUGGUUCCCAGAUCUCUUAGCUGGCGAUGCGACAGGUAUUCUACCAGCUGCCCUGACGCUGUCAAUUUUGCUGAAUGUCCACCUGGGUUGGAAGGCUCCGAAGUUGAAUAGCCUUGCCGAGCUACCCCGUCUGGAGAUGGCGAAGCAUCUUACGGUACGCGGAAUACGAACACUCAUUCAAGUCCUGGCGCUCAAUAUCGGGGUUUCGUCCUAUCUGUAUGAAAUGCCUACAGCCCUCAUGGUCUACUGGAUCAGCAGUUCAAAUAUUGCUACAUUGCAAACAUAUCUCCUGGAAAAGUACAUGUUCCCCACCCCGUCAUUAAAAUCCUGGAGACAAAUUUAUGUGAGGUUUGGUCGGCCCCAACAGAAAACUUCUCCAUUAGAAAACUGAAAAAAGAGUGUACAUUGCGUCUUCGAAUCCAAAUGGCUGAAUUCCUGAAAAGAGACGAGAUUUCUGAAAAAAAAAAAGAAGAGUUCCUUCCACAAUUCUGGAACGAGAAAAUAUUAAAAAGUGAACAUGCUAAAAAGAAAAAGAAAUAAAGAAAAAAGAAAGAAAAGAAGAAGGAAAACAAAAAAGGCCCGAAAUAG